CAGGAAAUUGAGGCUAUGAAACAGCGCGUCAAAGAAAUGGAGGCUGAAGCUGCCAAACUUCGAGAGAUGCAGGCACAGGCCGAGAAGGAAAUGAACAUGGUUGAAGAAGACAAGGAGACUGUUGAUUCCAGAUCAGUGUAUGUUGGAAAUGUCGACUGGGGCUCGACACCAGAGGAGCUUCAGAGCCAUUUCCAGUCAUGUGGAACCAUUAAUCGCAUCACAAUUCUGUGUGACAAGUGGACAGGACAUCCAAAGGGCUAUGCCUACGUGGAAUUUGCUGAUCCCUCAUCUGUCGCAAACGCCAUGGUCUUGAACGAGUCUUUAUUCCGCAGCCGUUUGAUUAAGGUUACUCCCAAGCGUACCAAUGUUCCUGGAAUGGCUGCCCGUGGUCGUGGUCGUGGUCGUGGUGCAUAUCGUGGUGGGUUUGCAGGACAUGGAGCAUACGGUGGAUACGGGCAGACGCCGAUGUAUGGUGCACCCACACCUUAUAGCGGUGGAUACCGCGGCCGCGGAGGGUAA